AUGUCUGGCCUAAAGCCCGGCGACUCGUUCCCAGACGACGUUGUCUUCUCCUAUAUCCCCUGGACGCCCGAAAGCGCCGACAUCACCGCGUGCGGAAUCCCGCAAAACUACCCGGCCUCGAAGGAAUGGAAGGACAAGAAAGUGGUGCUGUUUGCCCUCCCCGGCGCAUUCACGCCAAGCUGUUCGGCCCGCCAUUUGCCCGGAUACAUUGAGAAGCUGGCGGAGUUCAAGGCCAAGGGAGUCGACAUUGUCGCUGUGCUGGCGUACAAUGAUCCCUUUGUCAUGAGCGCCUGGCAGAAGGCCAAUAACGUCAAGAACGAUGAUAUUCUCUUUCUCAGUGACCCGGACACCAAGUUCUCCAAGUCGAUAGGUUGGAACAUGGGCGAGCGGUGUGCUCGGUACGCCCUGGCGAUCGACCACGGGAAGGUCAUCUACGCGGCGAAGGAACCUGGACGAGAUGUGUCGGUUUCUGGGGCGGAAGCUGUCCUCGCCAAACUAUAG